GAGAAGUUAAACGUUACCGUUACCAGCAUAACCUCUUUUGGACUUUACAACUUUACAAUAUGUUCUCGGUUAGAAGGUGACGCCACAAAAAGCCACGAGUUCUAUAUUUCACAAUUCCAUUUCUCCGGUUAACGUUUUCCCGUUGUCGAAAUGAAUCUGAAGAAAGUUAAAAACAGACUGAAAGACAAGAAACUAGACCUCAGCCUAUGCGACCUGAAAGAAGUGCCUGUUCGAGAAAUCGCAACUAUUAAGAAAGCAACAGAUUUGGAUUUAUCAAACAACUUCUUAACUUCUUUGCCUAAUACUUUCGUCAACCUGAAGCAAAUAAUCGUAUUAGAUCUUAGUAGGAACAUGUUGAAGGAAAUCCCUGAGAACUUCGGGGAACUGAUACAGUUGAAACAUUUGGAUCUUUAUGCAAAUCAGAUAAGUAGAUUGCCACUUAGUUUGGGCGAAUUGAAGAAUUUGAGAUGGUUAGAUUUAAAGGAAAAUCCCUUAACUCCUGCUGUGGCUAGCAUUGCUGGCCCUUGUAGUAACUGA